AUGCGUUACAUUUUGCCACCUGCACAUGAGGCUCUGAAGAUUGGUGAGCAGCCAACGUUUGGGCAUCGAGAACGGCUUGCAGGGUUGGAGAGUGGAGGUCGACGAGGACCUCUUCAACCACAGCAGUUUUCACCCGGGGAGGUUGGGCAUAUGAGAACCACCUUGACGAACUUGAAGAGUCGUUCGACGUCCCGCCUCAGCACCGCCGCCGACGGCAGCAGUAGUUGCAUGCAAUCUGCUGGCACUGGCACAUCUGGAAGUUUUUGUGGCGGCUUUGGCAGUGGCUUCAGCAGCAGUUUCGGCAGCAGCUUUGGCCAGAGCGGCAGCAGCACGGAUGCUGUCACGUUCGGCUUCGGAAGUCAAACAGUCACCUUUGGCAGCACCAAGACGAAGGAGUUGGCAGAGCUGCCGGACUUCACUAAGGCCGGAAAGGUACCCGUCGGACAUGUUUUGGGUCAUGGAAGUGGCGAAUGCCAUCCAGACUUGGGCGAUGAUAUGCGAGGGCGCAAGACGCCAACGCUUUUGAAUUGUUGCGUCAGUAGAAGUAUUUGCGAAAUUGCAGUCGGUGCCAUGCACGUUCUUUGCCUUUCCGCACGGGGAGCAGUGUACAGCUGGGGCUGCAAUGAUGAUGGGGCCCUGGGCAGAGCUCCUUCCGAUGUUUCGGACGGUGGCCCGUUGGAUGUGGAGCCACAUCCGGUGACGAUGCCAAGUGGAGUCGCAGUUCGCCAUGUUUCAUGUGGAGACUGCCACAGCUGUGCCUUGGAUGAGAAGGGCCGGGCCUGGUUAUGGGGCACAUACAAGGAUUCCAACGGCUACAUCGGCAUCGCACACAAGCGCAAGCAGGAAACGGAGGUCAUGGAGAAGAGUGCAGAACCAACGCUGGGCCUGGAGGGAUGCCUGCAAAUUGCAAGCGGCGCUAGUCCCACGGUGGCGCUAGCAUCUGCGAGUGGCCAGAAACAAGUCUUUGCUUGGGGCUCUAACGCCACUUCCAUGACUGCGGAACAGAUCCAGCAAGCCGUGGUGCAGGGUGCAACGGCCUUGGUUCUGCAGGCUGCAGAGCGGGAGGUCCCCAAGCCCGAGAAGCAGAAACUGCUACAGCCAAAGCACGUUCCGCUGGAAGUUGGUGCUGGGGAGCAUGCUGCUUGCGGGGUGCAUGCCACUGCCGAGUGCAGCUUCAUAUCAUUCGAGGACGGUGCCGUCUUUGGUUGCGGGUUGAACGGCGAUGGGCGGGUCGGACUUGGUUUUGUCAGCAUGGCCGUGCAGCAGCUUCAAGAAGCGCCCGCUCUGCGAAGGGCUUCCUGGAUAGGUGGUGGACGGCGCAGCAAAGCAGCACUGGUGGAUGGACGCGUGUUAACGUGUAGAAACGUGGCGGAAUGCGGCAUUGGUUUGGGGGAGAAGGACCCUCCGGUGUUGCAGCCUCGAGAACUUCAGAUUCAGGGGCUUCCGAGAGUUCGAGCGUUGCGUCGUGGUGGCCAUCACAUGGCCAGCACAGAGGGCGGAGAUCCAUCGGUGUUGCGGCUUAACGCAGCUGGCAAACCCACGGGACGUGUCAAGCCCUCAAGCAGACGCGGAGCCCACCGAGCUGAGACCCGGCCAGGACGGAGCUGGGCCCGUUGGUGCGGUCUCGGCCUCUGUCAGCGAUCCCUCGCAGUCGCCGAAGAGGAGUGCCACAGAGAAGGACCUGAUGGCGUACAGGCUUCGGCCGAUGCGGGCAAGCUCCUCGAUUCCGGGACCUCUCCUGGUUUCGGAGGUGCUACCACAAGUGGCACCGCGUGUAGAGCAAGCACGACUGAGUCAGUGGUUUUCGGCUUCAGCGCAGGCACUCCUGCAAAAUCAGGCGCUACUGGCGCACUUGGAAGUUUUGGCGGUGGCUUCGGCAGCGGCUUUGGCCAGAGCCUACUUGGCCGGAGCGGCAGCAGCCUGCAGGUUCCGCUAUUGCCAGCACCAAGACGAAGGAGUUGGCAGAGCUGCCGGACUUCACUAAGGCCGGAAAGGUACCCGUCGGACAUGUUUUUGGUCGCGGAAGUGGAGAGUGCGAUCAGCUAG